CCCACAGUAUUCUCUUCAGUCUUCACAUACAUAGCUUCAUAAGCUUCCUUAUUAGCUUAAUCUGAGCAGUAAGUAGCUUCGCAUCAAUGGCGAGCCGGAUCGAAAAAAACUUUCUUCGCACGCACGGUCGUCAGAUUACAAUUUUGAGCAUCGACGGAGGAGGCGUCAGAGGAAUAAUUCCAGCAAAAAUUCUUAUCUUUCUUGAAUCUGAGCUUCAAAGGGUUGAUGGAAAAGAAGCAAGGCUCGCAGACUACUUUGACGUGAUUGCUGGAACAAGCACUGGUGGUCUAAUGACUGCAAUGCUAACUGCUCCUAAUGGCUGCAAUCGCCCCAAAUUUUCAGCCCAAGAAAUCUUAGAUUUCUACAUGCAUAAAUCAUCUAGCAUCUUUCAACAAAGACCAUGCCCGUAUUUAUUUGGCUCAAAUUGUGGCUGUUUCGGUAACCUUUGUGGGCCAAAGUACGAUGGAAAGGUCCUCCACGAAGAGAUUGAAGAUAAUCUUGAAGGCAUAAAACUGCAUCAAACUCUAACCAAUGUUGUAAUCCCAGCUUUUGAUAUUAAGCUCCUUCAGCCCACUAUCUUUUCCUCAUUUGAGGCAAAAUCUACUCCAUCAAAGGAUGCUUAUUUAUCAGACAUCUGCAUUGGCACCUCAGCUGCACCUGUUUACCUACCUGCUCACUUCUUUAAUACCGUAGACUCCAAUUUCCUUCCUCGAGAGUUCAAUCUCAUCGACGGAGGAGUUGCAGCAAAUAACCCAACUUUGCUUGCCAUGAACAUGGUGAGCAAGAACAUUUUCCAGCAAAGCGAAAAUUACUUCAAGACAAAACCAGCGGAAUACAAGAAUUUUCGUGUACUUUCACUUGGCACUGGAUCGGCUAAGAAACAGAAAUACCAUAGCGCAAAAGAAGUAGCGAAGUGGGGAAUGCUUCGAUGGCUUUGCAAUUGCUUUGUUGACCUGCCCAUCAUCAACGUAUAUUCAGAAGCCAGUACAGACAUGGUUGAUAUCAUGCUUUCUGUUCUCUUCAAAUCUCUGAAAAUAGAGGACAACUAUCUUCGCAUUCAGGAUGACACAUUGACGGGAGACGCUGCAUCUAUGGACAUCGCAACAAAAGAGAACCUGAAAAAAUUGGAGAAGAUUGGAGAUGAAUUGAUUAAGAAGCCUUUAUCGAGGGUGAAUAUAGAUACUGGGGAAUAUGAGCCUGUCUCAUGUGGAGGAACUAAUGAACAAGCACUGAUUAAAUUUGCCAAGGAUCUUCGUGAAGAAAGGAAUCUGAGAAUUCAGGGUGCAAAAAAGGCAGCAAAACUUCUUUAAUUAGGCCAUUUUAUAUAGAUAUGUUUAGGGUCUUCUUUGUAUCCACAACUAUAAAUAAUGUCACUUGCCAAGCUGGCCAGAUGGAGAGAUUAUUAUGUUCGAUGUCUGGACUAUUCGGAGGCGAAUUCGGACACGUCAUGUCACUGAGCCAGGGUGAUGAAGUGGCGUGUCCGAAUUCGCCUUCGAAUGAAUCCGAAUGCCGCAUGUAAUAAUUUUCCUUCCAUGUGACACAACUUGUCCUCACUUCCUACUUAUUUUCUUACAAUAAGAUAUCAUAAGCUUACCAUAAUUUCUAUUCUCCUUUCUCUC